AGAUCUUGUCAUGAAAAUUGAGCUCAAGAUGGAUCGCUUCAAGACAAGUCACCUCAUCCCCCCCCCCGAGUCUUGGCGGCCUUCGAAGGCCAAAAGUGACUCAAACAACUCGGUUCAUUAUCCUGCCCUUGCUGUGAUUUGCAAACCCUUUCAUGAGAGUUAACCCUAGUUGUCAAACAAUGGAAAGAACGGGAUGCCUGGCAACUCGAGAAUCGAGAAAGUCAAUGUGGUGAAAUGGGGAAAAAAACUCUGAUCGGAAUUUUGUUCCUCUUUAAAACAAGCCACAGAUUACACUACCACGUCUCUUUCGUCUUGGCUUCUCCGUCGUCCUUAAACCGUCUUGGAGAGGAGUGAGCCUAACGAAAGUGUCAUCAUGGUUUUAUUGAUCAUCUACCGUCUUGACUCUACGUAAUUCCCAGUGAAGCAAACGGCCCUUUUUAGUGGAACUAAUCCCCAUCAGCCAUCUAGCUCAUGACUGUUCCUUUUAUGAGUGUACAAUACUACUAAAAAGCAUCUUGUACUCAAGGAACGACUCGGUCUUGAGAAGCACGUCUUGGGCCAUUGCUACAUAUUCUAGACAUUACAAAUGUACGACUCACUAUCAGCGACAGCAAUAGGCAGCACUCGGCCCAAACGACACAACGAUUCCAAGACGGGUCCAAUUUGGCAACAAGGACAGUCAGACUACCGGCUGCAGUAGUAGUAGUAGUGGUAACAGUAACAGUGGCCAGCUUUUAGUGUCUUUCGGAUUUUCAAAGCACAGACAGACACACGACGGAAGUGACAAAGCUGUUCUGGCUCUAAUCCUUGGAGGCAUUGCGGCCUUUUGGGGACACGAACCACCAAGAAUUGUCCAUGGAGUAUAUUAUGACAAGACGAGGGGAAAGAGGAGUUGGAGAGAGAGAGGACAUCGUUGACGAAGUGUCUGUGCUUGUUCGUUCUAGGUUAUGAGGCCCGGCCCAACAAGAACCCGAAGGAGAGAAAGAAGAGAUGCCUUUUCUGUGCCUUGUCUUUUCCGGAUUCCCUGUGGUGCAAUCACUUUGACGGAAGAAGCGCUGAACAACGGCACGACGAGCCCGGCUGACAAGCUCUGAUUUGUGAACUCUUCCCCCGCCCCGAGACUACUAUGAGCUCUGUCUCGCUAAGCUCUAUGUGGUGAACUCAAUUCCUCCGGCUGCUAUUUUCCGCUCAAGUCUUUUUCCACAUGCAUUUCAUGGUUAGAAAAGCAUUGUGGUCUAAUUUCAGGAAGACCCUGGUGGCCUAUUAGUCCGGGUCUACUGCCGGCAGCCAAUGCAAACACGGCCCACCUACGCACCGAGAGCCCCUUCAAAAAUCAGGAAAGCAAAGCACAAUACAGAAAGCCAAAAGGCCAGUCGUGUUUUCGGCACAAGAAUAGUCAAUUGUGCAUAAAUAUACGUCGCAUCAUGGUGACGAACCUAACUGUAUGGAUUAAUGAGUUUGGUUGGACGGAUCCUGAGACCGCGUCUACUUCCUCUCUUUCCGCUUCUUCCUCGUCGUCGUCGUCGUCGUCGUCGGCCUCUUCGUCCUUGUCGUCGCCUACUACUCUGGUUUACUCGGGAUCCAGCUGCGAUAACACAUCAGCUUGCGUGGCAGUCCCAACCAACGGAUCCAUGUCUCAUUGUAAACCCCAGGAGUACUACUCUCCUAAUUAUGCCAUCGUUGGAACAUUAUUUCAGAGCAUCAUUUUCAUCAUAGGCGUUCUGGGCAAUGUCUUGGUGUGCGCGGUGGUUCGACGUACGCGUUCCAUGCACAGCACCACUAAUUGUUAUCUCGUUAGUUUGGCGGUGGCUGAUACGAUUACUCUGGUGGCCUCGGUUCCCCAAGAAGUGCUCAGCUACCACAUCCUUGGCGAUCAAUGGGUGUGGGGACCCGUGGGAUGCUCUCUUAUAAUCUACCUCCAGUAUCUGGGCAUCGACGCCUCGGCCCUGUCUUUGACGGCCUUCACUGUCGAGCGCUACAUCGCCAUCUGUCAUCCCAUGAAGUCCAAGUCCAUCUGCACCAUCUCCCGGGCCAAGAAGAUCAUCGGGGCUUGUUGGGUGUUUGCCAUCGGGUAUUGCUCCCCGUGGUUCUUCCUGACUCAGACCCGCACGGUGUGUGUUCAGGGCGUGGGUGAUGUGACAACCUGUGGUUUUCGCCUUAGCCGCAACUCCACCGAGUAUUUGAUCAUGUUCUUCACCGACAUCCUACUCUUCUAUGUGUUGCCACUGAUCCUGUCGGUGGUGUUGUACCUUUUGAUUGCGCGUAUGCUCCUGACGAAUUCGAGGAACAAAUUCCCCGGUGGAUUGAGUAAUGGCACGGCCAUGUCUGUGUCGGAGGCAGCCGCCAAAAGCAAUCAAUCACGUGUGCAGUGCAAUCAACCCUAUUCUGUACAACGCCAUGUCAGACAAAUUCCGCAAGGCAUUCCGACGGCUCCUCUCAUGCGGAGUAAUUCCCUCGGAGAGCCAUAUCCAACGCUAUCGCUUCCAAUCGCGGCGUAGCGUUGGGGGUCGACCCGAUGGUCAGCAAUCAUUCCGAAUGACCAGGGCUGGCUCCACGUCCACCUUCGAGUGCCAAACUUCCAGGGCAUGCAGUUUCAACCGGAAGUGUUCCGCCAUCUCCCGGCAACCCUCGUCCCGAGCCACCAGCCGAUUAGAGACCACGCGAACCUCGUUGGUGGUGCCCAAUGCCAACUCGGGCAACGCUCAAUCGACAGACACUAGUAGUGGCCUUGUGAAACGAAAUCUCAGUCUACGAAAGCAUUCCUCCUCCAACACUGUGGAAGUGUCCAUCGAUACUCAUCAACCUGUGCCAGAUCAACCCUCUCCCAGCCUUGUCACGUCAAUCACAACAACGACGGGAAGUACGAUCAAAAUAGAUAGUGCCAGAGAGACAUUCUUGUGAAGUUCUCAAUCGUCGUGGACUUUUGAACUCGGUCUAAAAAACGAUUUCCAGGAUAUCCCGCAAUUCUACUGAAAGAGUGCCAUCAGUGGUAUUUUUGAUUUCGUCGUUCUCCAAGUUGAUUGGACACGAUUGGAACCUUCCGUGCUGAUUGUUCACCCACAUAUACACACCACACACACACACGCACACACACACACACCAGACACACACACACACAAGAAGGCACACGAGAUGGGUCUUCUGCAUUUGGUGUUUGUUCAACACUCUAUUUGUACUUCUACUGGUACUUGUAACUCCCUUCUCCCUAAGGUAAUCGAUGUGUACUCAACAUCGACACCACCAACCACCGCCACCACAAUCAGCCGCAUUAUUCGAAAGCAGAAACACAUUAAACAACCAUUCGACACCGAGACGCAUGUUACGCCUUAAGCACAUGCACGAUACGACAAGCCAAACUGCGCUUAUUUUUGUUUCUUGUUUUGAACUGGGGAUCCUGAAACGCUUUACAUUUCACAAUCAAUUUACGUGUACGGGGACGCCAGGAGUCAGUUCAGGCGGCCUCCAAACCUUCGAACAGAGAAGAUAUUUUCAAUUUCUAUGAGGCUAAACCAACCUUGGUGUCUGUGUGUUUUGACUUCAACGCUUUGCCCACAUUUUGCCCUUUACUGUAACUUGUCAAAUGAAGUGUCCCAACUUCCUAGUCUCUUGACUGACCAAGUGACGUCUUCUUAAUAAACCAAGCAAUGGAACGGGUAGACAAACGCAUUCUGGGAUCCGAGGAAAAGGCAAAGGGGCGGAAUCCUCAUCCAAAAUGUUUUAUAGUGGCCAUUGAGUGCCAACGGUGAGGCACAAUGUCUUGCUUGAAAAAACAAACAAUGCGUAAAAGACAAAUCUUGUUUCCGUUGUUUGACAACCCAAAUCGACUCGGAGAAUGAUCCCCUUAACAUCAAUGACUCGCUUCUCACUCCAAGGUUUUACCGUGGAGCCAGGCAACAACAGAGCUUCUACUCGCUCAACGUGGGAUGACUGUAGCCACAAAAGUCACAAGAUGAUAAUUUGAGCAUUCGAUGAGUUAUCCAAUUUCAACCCUUGGACCCAUCUUGACUCAUCGUGCUUACGAGCUCAAUACAUUCCAUUUUGAAAUGGCCUGCUUCGUAGUUCGAACGAAGUUGAGUGACACAUUUGGAACAAGUUCUAAUUUGAAGUGAUUUUGUCCUACCACUGCAUUCCUGGAGGCGAGCACACGGUCACAAUGGCUUAGAUAUUUGGAUUCCACGAAUAAAUAUGUGAUAACCAUGACUUGUUUCGUACCACAUGUUAUGCUUUAAACUAUUGGAUGGGCCAACAAA